CAUCGCUUGAUAAGAUUUACUGGCAUUAGCACAGCCAACUUUGUUCUUCAUCAUGUCAUUUCGCAAACGAAAUGUAGUUCUUGCGCAGAAAGGCGAAAAUCCAACAGUUUCACAAAAGCAAACCGCCCCGGGCGUGCGUCCAAGCCCAGUUACUGGUCACCCGACUACAUCGACUGGCACCGAGUCACUGGACAAGCUGCUUGCAUUAGGUGGAGGCCUGGCCCUCGGCUCCAACCUAAUGUUGGAAGAAGAUGGCGCCACGGAGUUUGCAAAGUCGCUCUUGUCAUGUUAUGCCGCAGAAGGUGUGCUGCAGGGACAUGCUGUAUUCGUCGUGGGACCGGACGGCAGCCUGUUAAUGCCCGGAGUUGCUGAAGAAAACAUGACAGCUCAAAGGAACAAGGCCCCAGAAGGUGAACGAAUGAAGAUUGCAUGGCGGUAUGAGAGAUUGGGGACGUUUGGUGAAAGAGAAAGAGGUUCUACUCAACAGCAAAAGCCGAUCAAUGCUAGCUCGGGUGUACAAGAUCAAGUGCUAGAGCCAUUCUGUCACACUUUCGACCUUACCAAGCGGCUCAGCGUUCCGCCUUCAAGGAGGCCACCUGCGUACAUAGCGCCAACAAACCCAACAGACGAGAACUCGUCGCCAUUUGCAUCCAUCGUUAAAUCGCUGGCGCUUCAUUUGGACGCAAAUCCAUCAACACCAACUCGACUCGUAAUCCCCUCUCUGCUCAAUCCACUCAUCUAUAGCCCUUUAUGUUGUCAACCUCAAAUGCUUCUGGGCUUCCUCCAUAGCGUACGCUCACUUCUUCGCAAGCACAGCACUGUACUCACUUCUAUGUUCUCAUGGCCCUUGGCACUGUUUCCAGACACACAUCCACUAACUCGAUGGGCACGGCAUCUCUCCGACGGAGUGAUCGCGCUCCAUCCUUUCCCACAUAGCUUCAGUAUAGAAGCCAUUGAUCUUGACAUCAAGGGCGGAAGUGGCAGCAACGAGAAGGUGAAGACGGAAGAGAAAAUGCAGGGCUUGAUAAAGAUGCUCAAACUGCCAGUAUUGACCGAAAAGGGAGUCGGCUUGGGAAGUGGGGAGGAUAUGGCGUUUGCAGUUGGUCGGAGGAGAUUUUUGAUAAGGCCAUUCCAUCUACCUCCUCUUGAAGGGGAGACAAAGGACACGGCGCACGACGGAGAUUCCACCAUUGAAAGCAAUAAAUUGGAGUUUUGACAACCGAAAAACUCAUGUGCAUACUAGCAUCACACAAACUCAGGGACCAUACGACGUGUAAACUAAUUGGAGAUCAAAUGCGUCAAGAGAAAGGGCAGCUGAUGAACGGCCCAGUUGACUUGAAGGUCUUAAUAUGAAAGCAUGAUGUAAUCAUCGAGUUGCGAAGACGCAUAGCCAGACCAAAUGCACGGAGUCCUAUGAUGAGGAUGUGAAUCAUGUGCAACGUCGGAUAACAACCGACGUGCUGUCAGGCAUUUGCAGACAAUGAUUGUUGAGACCAGGCUGGCUGCCACCUCACCAAGUGUGGCUAAGGCUGGAUGGAUGGCG